AUGGUCGAGGCUGACGAGACAACCCUUGAUGCCGAGCCAGAGGCGGGAAUUGCACCAGGUGUGGCACUCCCGGUUGUACCGGUCAAGCCAGAGAUGCUAGGGCCGGAGCUGCCAACGCGGGACCUCGUGGUCAUGCCUCUGCUAGUGAUAGUGGUAGGAGGUGGGACAGUAGAGAUAGCACUGGAUAAGGCAGCGAUUGUAGAACCUGAGGCUGUGGUCGAUAUGGAGGAAGCACUCGUAGUGAGGACGGAACAGGCAAUGGUAGCGCGGCAAUUCCUUCACCAGUGUCAGGUGUGGAGGGUUUGCAUCGCCUGA